GUUCAAAAUUUGCCGAGCCGAUGAAACUUCUGUUCUACCGGUUUCAACAAACAAUUUACCUUUCAACUCCCUUUCAAGAAUGUUUUCACCCACCGCGAUUCAUCCGCCUCAUUCGAAAAAACCAAAACCGCCCCGCAUUCUUCGUCUUCUCGUUCUGUCCGUCGCGCACCGCACCGCAGCGCCCGUCGCGUCGUCGUCGUCGUCGUCCGCGGGUGCUUCGCGUCGCGCGCGCAUCGUCCCGACAAGAUGGCGCCUCCGAGGCGCGGAAGGAGCGCGCGCGUCGCGCGCGAUGGCGCGACCGCGGGAGGAGACGCCGUCAGAUCGUUUGACGACGCGGUCGUCGCGCGGAUCGACGCGCUGAAGGCGAAGUGCGACGCGCUCACGGCGGAGCUGAGCUGGUUGAAGGCUGCGAACGCCGCGGUCGCGCCGCGCGCGGUCGGGGCGUCGCCGUCGGCGGGGCGCAAGCGCGCGCGCGUCGAGGAUCCUACGUCGCUCGAGGAGGAGCUCAUGACGACGACGACGCGUUUGCUCGCGCUACAGGACGCCGCUCGCGGUCUCGAAGAGCGCGAAGCCGCGCGCGAGCCACUCCUGGAGCGGCUCGCCGCGGACGCGCGCGACGUCUUCGUCGGGAACGUGCUCCCGCGGCUCGACGACGGCGACCUCGCGGUGCUCGCGACGGUGAACCGAAAGAUGCGCGACGUCGUCUUCGAUUCGCCAGUCGGAGACGUGAGGGACGUCGCGGCGGUGAGGAGAGAGCUCGCGAGGGUUCCUAACUUCGUCGGGUCGAUCAGCAGGCUGGCGUGGGCGAAGGAGCGAGGGUGCCCGUGGUACGAGAAGACGUUCACGUGCAUCGCGAGGGGUGGGAACGUGGAUGUCGCGAAGUGGGCGAAGGAACGAGGAUGCCCGUGGGUCGAAGUGGCUGACGCCCACGUUGUGUUAGACACCGCGGAAGGCGACCACCUGGAGGUUUGCGCCAGCGCCGCGGCAGGCGGCCACCUGGAGAUGCUGCAGUGGGCGCGGGCGAACGGCGCUCCAUGGGGUGAGAAGACUUUCGCCGAUGCCGCGUUUGGCGGCCACAUGGAGGUGCUGCGGUGGUUGCGAGCGAACGACUGUCCGUGGGACGAGGAGACUUGCCGCGACGCCGCGGAAGGCGGCCACCUGGCGGUACUGCAGUGGGCGCGCGCGAACGGCGCUCCGUGGAACGAGGGUACUUGCGACAGUGCCGCGUUUGGCGGCCACCUGGAGGUGUUGCAGUGGGCGCGCGCGAACGGCGCUCCGUGGGACGAGGACACUUGCGCCUACGCCGCGCUUCGAGGCCACCUGGAGGUGCUGCAGUGGGCGCGAGCGAACGGCGCUCCGUGUGACAAGGAGACUUGUCGCGAUGCCGCGGGUGGCGGCCACCUGGAGGUGUUGCAGUGGGCGCGAGCGAACGGCUGUCCGUGGGACGAGGGAACUUGCCGCAGCGCCGCGCUUCACGGCCAACUGGAGGUGUUUCAGUGGGCGCGAGCGAACGGCUGUCCGUGGAAUCCGGAGCUAUGCGAAUCCCUAGCCCGAAUGAGGGGGCACAAGGAUGCCCUGCAGUGGAUAGUAGCUGCGGAGGUAGGAGAGGGGGCGUAGUCGCGAAGCGACGGUGCGCGGCGCGGCGCGGCGUUUGUUUUUUUUCACCGCGCCACGCUCAGUCGGCGACGGCGCGGCGGGUGCGUGUGCGAGUAGCUCUAGUAGUAGACCGUGUCGUGGCGAUGCGCUUCGCGUC